AAACGCCGCUUAAAAAUCUUCGCGUUUUACGAGUCCUUUCGCACGUAAGCCGUAAGAGCCGCCCGUAGUUUGUAUCAUAUAUGCUGCGCUUAGUGACCCGGGUCGUCCGCCACCCGACCUCCCUGUGCCACAAGUAUAGUACAGUCUAUUGUCGUUUAGUGUCCCGACUUUUUUAGGGGUAAUAUUUGCCGCAACUUUUCGCAGCCAAUCCCUGAGCCUAUCGACACAUAUGAAGCGCGCCGACCGCCUGAGCACUAUUCAGACCAACGUAUGGGUGGAGUUCAUACAACUGGCCGGGCAGUACCGGCCCGUCAACCUGGGUCAGGGAUUCCCGGACUUCGCCGCCCCGGAACACCUUAGCCGAGCCCUGGCCGAGGCGGUGGUGGACAGGGAUCGCCCGCUCAUCAAUCAGUACACCCGCGACGCCGGCCACCCGAGACUCGUCAGGGCAUUGAGUCAGCUCUACUCCGGACUAACGGGCCUUUCCAUAGACCCCGACACCGACAUACUGGUGACGUCCGGCGCCUAUCAGGCGCUGUACUGCGCGUUCAUGGCGUACGUGAAUCCCGGCGACGAAGUGCUCAUAAUUGAACCCUUCUUCGACUGCUACGAACCGAUGACACUACUGGCCGGCGGAACGCCUGUAUUCGUGCCGCUCAGACCCAAACCCGGGGCGCCGGGAGCGCCGAUGUCCAGCGCCGACUGGCGUCUCGAUCCCGAGGAACUGGAGGCCGCGUUCAGCGCGAAGACUAAGUUUAUUAUUGUGAACACACCUAACAAUCCGUUGGGAAAGAUCUACACUCGCGAUGAGCUGGAACUGAUCGCCCGGUUAUGCAAAAAGUACGACUGCCUGGCCGUUAUGGACGAGGUGUACGAGUGGAUGGUAUAUACCGGGAGCACUCACACCCGCAUGUGUUCCCUACCGGACAUGUGGGACCGGACUAUCACUAUAGGCAGUGGUGGCAAAACAUUUAGCGUCACCGGUUGGAAGCUGGGCUGGGCCUACGGCCCCCAACACCUAUUGGAUCCACUCUACCUCAUCCAUCAGAGUAAUGUGAGCUCCUGUCCCACACCCAUACAGGAGGCGCUGGCCGUGGGCUUUGAACGCGAGUUACAGCGUAUGGGAACUCCCGACUCCUAUUGGGCGCAGUUAUCGCAGUCACUGGAGUCCAAAAGGAACCGCAUAUCAAAGUUCCUGACAGAGGCCGACAUGAGCCCCACCCUACCAGAGGGCGGGUACUUCAUAAUCGCCGACUUCUCGCGAUUGGCCGAUCGGAUAGACCUGUCGGGAGAGAAGGACGCCACCAAAGACUACCGGUUCGCCAAGUGGUUGACUAAGAACGCCGGCCUACAGGGCAUACCUACCGGCGCUUUCUACUCGUCAGCGCACAAACAUUUGGCCGAAAACUACAUUAGAUUUUGUUUUAUUAAAAAAGACGAGACUUUGGAUAAAGCGGAACAAAUCAUCACCGGUUUGAACAAUAGGCUGCCAUUCAAGAGAGUUUUACAUCCCUUUCCGACUAUUUAGGGCUUACGGUUAUGUGGAAAGGGAUCGCAAUUAAUAUGAUUAAUGUUAAAUGUUUUUUUAUUUUUGUGAAUUAACUAGUGUUUUAAAAAUAGUUUGUUUUUAGCGCUAAUUUAAACGUUUAUUUUAUCAAAAGUUAUUUAAAGUUUUUUUUAAUGUACACACAUUCCCGCACCCGUUGGCAUCCCAUUCCACAAAAUUAAGAUUAAGGGAAAGGGAUCUGAAUUAACAUAAAACACAUUAGCCAAGAAAAUGUUAUUUAGAGUUAUUUAUUAACUUUUUUAAUUUAAAACCUUAUGUUUUUAGUUAGAAACUUGAUUUUAGUUUUACUUUUAUUUCGCUAUU